AUGGAGACUAUUUCGAGGAUAUCUUCGAUGCUGGAGACAGCUCGAGAGCUCACACUGGAAGCGGCUCAGUCGGCUGGCUCUGCAAAUAUAGCAAAGCCAAAUUAUUCCGCUCGGGGUCUUACCGUAUCUCAUAUCAAAAAGCUCCUAGAGAGCCGCAAUGACCGAGAAGUGCUGGACGGGAUGCGGAGGGUCAUUUCGUUGAUGUACCGCUCGGAACCCUGUCUCCCUUUCUUCUCCGCCGUUGUCAAGAAUGUCGCAAACCCGAAUAUUGAAGUGAAGAAGCUUGUCUACAUCUACCUGCUCCACCAUGCAGAAGCCGAACCCGAUCUGGCGCUGCUCUCUAUCAAUGCGAUACAGAAGUCGCUCACGGACCAGAACCCUCAGGUUCGAUCCAUGGCCCUGCGUACAAUGUCGGGUAUCAGGGUGCCCGUCGUCAGUCAGAUUGUCUCGCUCGCCAUCAAGCGCGGCUGCGGAGAUAUGAGUCCUCACGUCCGCAAGGCAGCUGCGCUGGCUAUCCCAAAGUGUUAUCGUCUGGAUCCAAAUACUCUGCCGCAGCUGGUUGGAUAUGUAUCCACAUUGCUCGGUGACGCCCAAUACUUCGUUGUUGGCCCUGCGGUAGCUGCGUUUAUGGACGUCUGUCCCGAUAGGAUUGAUCUGAUCCACAAACAUUACCACAGUCUUGUGAGAAAGUUAGUUGACAUGGAUGAAUGGAGCCAACUUGCAACGCUACGGCUAUUGACAGUUUAUGGCCGGAAGUGCUUCCCUAGGAAGACGGAGAAAGUCCGAAAGAAGGCGACCAAAGAGUUUUAUGAAGAAGAGGAUCCCCAGGACCAAGGAGAAGAGACAGGUGAAGAAGUCAUCUCUGUGGACCGUGACUUGGAACUGUUUCUACGAGCGUGCAAGCCACUCCUCCAGAGCCGCAAUUCUGCUGUCAUUCUGAGUGUUGUCCGCUGCUUCCUUUACUUGGGAACACCUGAGUAUCUGGAGUCUGCUAUUGGCCCUCUUGUUGCUCUCGUCCGCAGCCCACAGGAUAUUCAGCAUGUUGCGCUCUACAAUAUUGUUGCGGUAGCGCUGGAAGCUCCGAGAUUAUUCGCAAGAUACGCCUACCAUUUUCUUGUGCAUGAUGCAGACCCGCCGCACAUCUGGCGUUUGAAGCUCGAGGUGUUAACAAUAAUAUUCCCCUAUUGCGGCAUGCACCUGAAGGGUGUCAUCAUUAGCGAACUGGAGCACUUUGCACGAGGGCCCGACGUGGAUCUAGUGAAGGAGAGUGUCCGGGCCAUCGGACGCUGCGCGCAGAGCGACAGUCGAACCGGCGACCACUGCCUCAAUGUGCUUCUAAGUCUAGUGACUAGUCCAGACGAGGCUCUAGUUUCUGAAUCCUUGACAGUCAUCCGUCACCUAAUUCAGCAAGAUCCGCUGUCCCAUAAGCAUACAAUCAUACAGCUCGCGAAGAGUCUCGACACGACUACGAGCCCCGAGGCGAGAGCCUCGAUCAUCUGGCUAGUCGGUGAGUUCGCCAGCAACGAAUCAGAGGAGAACAGUAUUGCCCCAGACGUCCUACGAAUUAUCGUACGGGGUUUCGCAGACGAAUCGGAGGUUGCAAAACAGCAGAUUGUUCUUCUAGGAGCCAAGGUGUACCUUCAGCACCUCUUACGCAAAUACCCUCAAAGCAAAGCCAAACCUCCAGAGGAGAUCAAGCCUCCCGUCGAAGAGAUCCGCAACGAGUGGACCGAUACUCAAGACCAAGAACAGGAAGAACAGCAGAACGGCGAUGAAACGGAAAAACAGCCAGAACAAGAAGACAACCUAACACUUCUUUGGCGAUAUGUCCUUCUCCUCGCUCGAUAUGAUACCUCCUAUGACCUCCGUGACCGGGCUCGACUUUACAAAGCCCUGUUAGCGGAUCCCUCCUCAACGCAGCUAGCCAGUCUGCUGCUCUUGGCUCCCAAGCCUGUGCCACACGCACCUAGUCCCUCAGAGACUCGCAAAGAUCUACUCAUCGGUUCAUCAACUCUCGUCGUCGGACCGGAAGCCGGUAUUCAUGGUCUGUCGGGCUACGAAUCUAUUCCUGACUGGGUCGAAUCUGGAAACGAACCAGACCCGCGCCUACGGGAAGAUGCAGCCAAACCAGAACCCACCGAACGGACCCUGACCGCCGGUGAACGCCUCGACAAAGCUCUAAAAGAGCACGGAACAAGCGUCGCAGCCCGCAUGAGACAAAACGGCACAUCUGCCGCCGCUGCGGCAGCAGCUCGAAAGAACAAAUCACUAGACGAGUGGCUUGCCGACGAGGAAGAAGAGUCCGAGGAAGAAUCAGAGGAAGAAGAGACCGAGUCAGAAGAAGAGACGGACUCCGAGGAAGAAGAAGAGGACGAGGACGAGGAGGAGACCGAUUCCGAUGAAGAGGAAGAAACCGACUCUGAAGACGAGAGAGAGACGCAAGGCUUGAUGGCAGGACACGGUCCUUCACGGUCCGGAAUCUAG